UCUAUAACUGCGCAGCUUUGACUGUCACGUGAAUCUUGUGACAACAGGAAAAGGAGUGACACCAGUUUGAAGAUGCUGUUGCUGCUUUGAAACACUUCGUUGUUCAUUUGCAGUAAUAAGGAGCCCAAAAUGACUUCAAUUAUAAAAGAAACACAAAGCAUAAAAGAAGCGGUGACUUUCAUCAACGCAAUUGAUGUGAACAAGUUCUCCAGGCUGAUCUCUCGCAUCAUACAAAAGCUUCAUCUGAAGGGAGAGCGGACAUUCAGUGAAGAAGAAGAGGAAAAACUCCAGACUGCUCUCUCAUUGGAUAAAAAGGCUCUCAGUCUGGUCCUGGAAACUGCUGCCUUUAUACUAGAGCAGGCAGUGUAUCAUAACAUAAAGCCGGCGUCUCUGCAACAGCAGCUGGAGGUGAUUAAUCUAAGCCCAGACAAAGCUGAGGUGUUUUCUCAAACCUGGGCCAGUGCUGGGCCUGAGCUGGUGGAAAGGCUGAAGCGUAAUGUCUUUGCCCCCAAGAAGCUGGAAUAUGUCAGCUGGCAGUUGAACCUGCAGAUGGCUCAGUCCAGCCAAGCCAGACUGAAGUCUCCCAGUGCCAUCCUCCAACUGGGACUCCACAGUGAAAACUCUGAGAAUAUUGUAAAGAAGAAAGGGAAACAGACAGGUUCAGGAAAAUGUCUUCGUUGAGUUUAACCACCAGGAGCUGCUUGAGUUCUACAACAAGCUUGAAAUCAUACAAGGACAGUUGGAUUCCCUAACUUGAGGCCUGGUGCUCUCUGUACAACCACACACACACACACACACACACACACACACACACACACACACACACACACACACACACACACACACACACACACACACACACACACACACACACACACCAUGUUGUUAGUGUUUCUGCUGACAGCUAUGCCAGCUGUCAGCGGCCUAGCGAUUCCAUUCUUUCUUUGAUUUGUUCGAGAAAAAUGUCAAAUUUGAAGGGAGGAGUUUCUUUCCCUUUUGAGCUCCUUUUAAUCCAGGUUUGUGCUCAUUACUGGCAGCUCAGUGUGAUAAAUGGGACUGUGCUUGGAAUUUUUAUGGUGGGAAAUUCCUCUCUACAUUGUCACUAUAAAUUGUGCUUAAGCAAAUUCCUUAGGAACAUUUUUCUAGAGUCUCUGGUAAAUUAUUGCUUGAUUGCCCUUUACAUUACUUAAAAGCUGUAAAAUGCUACAAAAAAUGUGCCAAUUGUCAGCUAUCAUAACAUUUCAUUUGCACCCGAAGAAAAACACCAAGAUAUAUUUAAAUGGAAGCAAAUGGAUUUUGUAACUUUGAGAGUAAACUAUAAUUCAUGGCGUUCUAAUAAAAUCUGAAGUGGAGGUGAAAUCCA